AUGUGCACUCUGCUCCUUUCUCUCUCUCUCUGUGUGCGUGAGCGCGCAUUUCCUAUACUACGCACAUAUCGUCACAUAGUUCUCUCCGCAAUGGAUGAACUACUGAUGCCCUUAGAUAUUCUGCCGAAGAAUGCUUCAAAAGAAGCGUUGGAGAGGUGGAGAUCGGCUGUGACGGACGUACUGAAUUCAGGAAGAAGGUUCCGUAUGGUGGCCGAUCUCGUCAAGCGGAAACAGGAAGUGUUGAAAAGGUGGAGAUCGGCUGUGACGGACGUACUGAAUUCAAGAAGAAGGUUCCGUAUGGUGGCCGAUCUCGUCAAGCGGAAACAGGAAGUGUUGAAAAGGUGGAGAUCGGCUGUGACGGACGUACUGAAUUCAAGAAGAAGGUUCCGUGUGGUGGCCGAUCUCGUCAAGCGGAAACAGGAAGUGUUGAAAAGGUGGAGAUCGGCUGUGACGGACGUACUGAAUUCAAGAAGAAGGUUCCGUAUGGUGGCCGAUCUCGUCAAGCAGGUACACUUUCUUACCCUCUCUUUGUGUGAGAUUUACUAUCGAUAG